AUGGUAGAAACUAGCAUGGCUGAAAGUGACAUAACAGCCAUGAAGGAGACACUCCGUGCCCAACAGCAGCUUCUGCAGAAGCUGUAUGCAGAGUUGGAUCAGGAAAGAGAAGCGUCAGCGACUGCGGCGAGCGAAGCGAUGGACAUGAUACUGCGUCUGCAAGGAGAAAAGGCUGCGGUGAAGAUGGAGUCGAGUCACUAUAAGAGAAUGACGGAGGAGAAGAUAGGUCAUGCUGAGGCCACACUUGAAGUUUUUGAAGAGCUCAUGUAUCAGAAGGAAAUGGAAAUCGCUUCUCUCGAGUUUCAGGUCCUCGCUUAUAAACACAAACUUCUGACCUUAGGGGCUGAUUUCAAUGCCAGCGAGUUGGAAUUCCCUGAAGAUUUUUUGUUGAGUAAAAAUGAUCAGCGUAAUGUAGAAAAUGAUCAAGGUAGCAGUGUAAGAAGGCUGCAUUCAUUGCCUCCUAUUCAGUGGAAGAAUAAUUCGAGAGCUCACCGAAAGAGAGAUAGAUCACCUAGUCCGGUUCCGGUUCCGAAUGAGAUUCCUAAAGUGGUGGAGAGUGAAAACCAGGAAGCUGCUUCACCGAGGUUGGAUUUGCCAAAGAAGUCUGUCGACUUUGCAUUUGGAACCCUUGAUUCAUACUGGGACCAGAUUCAAAGCUUAGAUGAAAAAAUGAAAGUGAUUUCAGAUUGUAAAGACUCAGGAAGUGAAAAAGUUGCAAACCUGAGGAAUAGAAGAGGGAGAUCAUGUUCAAUAUUUGCACAAGCAGGCACUAAGGUAGCCCCUACUAUUUCAGAUAAAGUAAAUCACUUUGAAGCAAUUGCUAAUCCAUCUUGCUCAGUUAAUGUUCAUGAUGUGUUUGAAGUGCCACAAACAAGUGAAAAGCAUAAGGUUGGUGAACAAGGGAGAGGAAGACUUGUGAAAUGGAUGUCAGAGACAGAUAACAGGUUAACAAAACCAGAUCCUGUGUCUGAGGAAAUCAUAGAAUCACAUGUUAAGCAUGACAUGGACAAGCUAAAGAGCAUACUUAGCACUCAACGUGAAAUAAAAAAACCUGGUCCCAAAGAAUUGAAGACUAUUGGUUGUGAGAAUAAAGAAGGGAUGGAAGUUGAUUGCAAUGCUCAAGCUGAGUUUCAGAAGUUACAUCAGAGAAUUGAUUUGCUUGAGAGGGAUAGAAUUAGUUCAAGGCAAGAGAUUAUGCAUGAAGGGAAUGGGGAAGAGCAAUUGAGGUUGUUAAAGGACAUACAUAAUCAACUCAAAUUAAUACAGUCAGAGAUGAGAAGCUGGAAAACCAGAAAAGCCUCACUUAAGAAGGAUAUGCCUCUGGAUCCUCUUCAAGAGGCAAUGCUGUACUUUUGGAUGUGAUCAAGUAACUACAGAAUGGUCAUCUCAGACUACCAAUCAACUCAGUGCUUCAUUUGGUGUGUAUAUACUUUGUUCACAAAGGGGAUUUUGUGUGGUUUAGGACUUUAGGCAGGUAAAAUAGAUCUUCUAAGCUGGACUUUUAUUAAAAAUGCACACAAUUGGCUCUAGUGUGACAGUGAUUGAAAAA